UCAUGCGUGUAUGAUACAGCUUACAACAGCUCUUAAUCGCGUUUUCCCGUUUCCAGCUCUGCUAUCUUACUUUCAAGUGGAACGAGGGCUAGCCAUGGCAAAUCCGUUGCCUCAACGAGAUGUCCUGGGUCUGUUAGAUAAGAUGGAACAGGCGGUAGCGGACAUGUUGCCGCGCCCGAAUGAUCCUGCCGGCAGUGCACGGGCCUCUGAAGCAGUCCGCAACUUUGCGGGAGCUGUUGGAGAGUUGGAGAAGUUCUUCAGGCAGCUUCAGGAGCUUAAGGUAAUCCCGCAGGGGCCUGCGGCUGCCCAGGCACUUGAAGUCGAAGAAUUGCAGGCUGAGAUUGAAGAGAAGGACCGACUCAUUGCGCAUGCGCGCGCUCAGGUCGCCCGAUGGCAGGACAUACUGCAGCAGCAGGAGCAGCUUCAAGAGAACACCCUAUUUGCAGGAAUGGGCGGCUGAGGGGUCGGUCCAUACUGGCGUUGAAACGACAGUCCAUUUUACACCCAUUGUUGAAGCUGCUCGGGAACCGUCAUGUGUCACUGGAUCGGCUUCAGGCGGAAGUCCAAAAUCGAUUUGCCCCAGGUUAAAUCCCUCGGUGGUGGAGCUGUGAAGCGAAGAGGGGUUCAUGUCAGCACAGAUCCUUACGACGGCUAAUCUAGCAGUAGCAGCGGCCUAUCCGAGAAAUGCCACCGCCACCACAGCGACACAUGCUACGUUGGCGUGGCGCCCUGCACAUGCCUUCCACUGCUUAGAGCAGC